GGUAGGAUUUUGUGCGUCUGUGUCCCUUAUAGGCGUCAACACUCUUCCCCGCCAUUUCGAAGGAACUCGGCAGCCACCGUCAUUUUGUAACCUCAUUAUAUCUCAAAUAAACCCACUGACCAGUACAAUCAUGACGGAUAAAGCGGAUAUAGCGUUAGACGUCACCACCUUAUGUAAUGUUGACCCAGCAGUGCUAUCUGGACUCCGCGUUGGCCAGCGUCUAUUUCUAUCAACACAGGGGGAGCAGACAGUCCCCAGUUUCUGCACGGAAGCCGGUGUACAGCUUGCGCCACUGUCGGACCCUAACAUGGCCGUCAGAUUCCCGAACCCGAAGGUCAUAAUCCGCGCCAUUAAACGGGAUGCUGGUUCUGGUGCUAUACAGAGUCUGCAAGUGCGGUUAUACCGCGCAGACGACGCAGGGCCCAGCGCUCCGGGCCCAAGUACCGCUGCGGCGGCCUCCAGCGCGGGAACAGUAGCUGCUCCCAUUGCUGACGACGCUGGUGACGGCGCCCUUGCGGAUGAGGAGUGCGAAUACAAGCUUCGGAAAGCGCAGUACCAGGCCCUGGCGGAAGACGCGGAGUUGCAGAAGACGCUGGCUGAUUCUCGGCUCCAGGAGGCGCUAAGGCACAUUGACAGCGCACCGGAUAGAGAAAAGGCCCUGAAGGUGCAGCUUGAGAACCCUGGGUUCCAGGGCUUCGUAUCACAGAUCCUUUCUUGCCUCGACCCAGAUCGCGUGCCUGCAACAGCAGCAACCGUCGCCGCUGUUGCGAUGGCCACGAAAUGAAGGAUGCUGGAGACCGACCCCGUUGUCGCGGCUGGCUUGUAGGCUGCCAGAUUGACAUGGCCCCGACGUGGAAUCCUAUCCAACCAGCUGGCCUGCCUUGCGUGAUGUGGAGAGGCUUAUGCCACUUUGUUGCAGUCACGGCAGCCAGCAUAGUCGUAUAGCAGCUUGAUGUUCCGUUUACAGGACACGUUGCCUGAAAUGGUGGGGACUGCAAAUCCGUGUACGGUAUGGUGACGAUGUGGUGGUCUUGCUGUGCCCAGCUUUGUUGUGUCAAAGGACUGCCCAUGCUUUUGUGCUGUGGACUUUAGAUAGGACGGCUUUGCAUUGUACAUACGUUGUCGCAUGUUGCUGUGCAUCUUGGUCGUGAUGGUGGCUACGCUUGUUGGGCAGGAGCCUCUUCUUGCGUGCGGCCGGCAGGAGUCCCAACUGAGGUGUGUGGGAGUGUGCAAUGGAGCGGCGGUGUACAGCACAUGUAAUUUGGGGUAUGUGGCGCUUCGCUGCCAAACACGAG